UCGCACGCAAUCACUCGCAUUCUCUUCGGCGACGCACACCGGAGAACGCGCCCGUCGCUGCACACGUCUUCAGUGAGUUCGACGCCGGUACAUCACGUACAUCACCAGUCGCAGUUUUACAAUUAUUAAUUUUUUUUUUUUUACGCGAUCUCACGUGUUUUUGCGAUAUCUUUGAAACGAUAAUAUAUCGCCAGUCAAAUUUUGUUUUGAUUUUUUUUUUUUAAUUUUUUUCCGCGCCGUAUCGAUACGCGCGUACUUUGACGUCGCCGCUGUCGACGGUCCUUGCGUUGUGCACGUAAAAUGCAUAUUUUUGAAGAUAACGCACUGCAACCGACAAUGAUGCACCACAAGUUGACUUCGAAGAAAAUGGAUUACUCGCACUGUCCGCUGAAAAAACGACCGGUCCACUACGUCAAAAGCGAGUACAUCAAAGAAGAGAUGGAUUUCGACAACACGGACGAAUGUUUGGAACCGGAAAACCUGAGCACCAAACCGCAAGACUUGAGCGUGAGAUGCAAGACGGCCGCUGUGGCGCCGUUGGCCGUGAAAAAGGAAUUGUCGUCGCCUUCGUACGAACACCAUCCAAAUGCCGCGGUGCCGUUGUCGUCUCCGUACUACGGUCAUCCCGACCACCAUCAACAGCAAGAACAACAGCGCCACCGACUUCAACAGCAACCGUUCCAGCCGACGGCCGUCAAAGCCGGACCGCUAGAACCGUUGUGCUUGAACAUCGCGGGCGCACACCAUCCGGCCGCCGCGCAGGCCGCCGUCGCCGCUUACCAUCACCACAACAACAACCGGCACUACGCUCCGACCACGCCGAGGCCCGUUCCCGCUCAGUACCCGAACUCCGGUUACCUGGCCGGUUUCAUGUACCACUCGCCCGGUACCGACGGCAACGUCAGCGCCAUGUUGACCGCUUACCCGCCGACCGUGAUGGCCAUCGCUCGGGACGCGUCCCUGUCCCCGCCCGCGGCCCGCACCGGUUCCGCUUUCAAGCCGUUGCUGCAGCUCACGCCGCCCGCCACCGCGGCCGUGGCGCCCGUCCGCAGCCCGCCGCCGGCGGUGCAUCUCACCUGGUACGGACGGCCCGCGGUCAGCAGCAGUUGGUCGCCGUCGUCCGCGGAAGUCGACUCGUCGUCACUUCCGCCGCCGUCGUCCGCGUCUUCGUCGUCCGCCAUGUCGCCGUCGUACGGUCCGCCGCAGCCGCAGCAUCAGCAUCAAUAUCAACUGCAGCAACAGCAGUAUUCCGGCGGCGAGAGCGACGCCUCGACGGUCAGCGGCAUCAAGCGCGAAUCGCCGUCCGUCUCGGGACGGUACAAGUGCGUCGCUUGCUCGAAAACGUACUCGACCGUUUCCGGUCUGACCAAGCACCAGCAAUAUCACUGCACCAACGACGAGUCGCACUGUGCCGCCAAGACUUUCUGCUGCAAGUACUGCGACAAAGCGUACAACACGCUCGGCGCGCUCAAGAUGCACAUCCGCACGCACACGUUGCCGUGCAUAUGCAACAUGUGCGGCAAGGCGUUCAGCCGUCCGUGGCUGCUGCAGGGACACAUCCGCACCCACACCGGCGAGAAGCCGUUCUCGUGCCAACACUGCAACAGGGCUUUCGCCGACAGGUCCAACCUGCGCGCCCACCUGCAGACCCACUCGGACGUGAAGAAGUACUCGUGUGCCACGUGCAGCAAGACGUUCAGCCGCAUGUCGUUGCUCACCAAGCACUGUGACACAGGAUGCCCACGAAUGCUGCAACAGUCCCAUCACCAGCAGCAACAGCAACAGCAACAACAGCAGACGGUCGUGUAGUCUAAACGCGACGCGCACAUAUCAUUAAUUAUACGUGUUAAAUUAUUAAACCUAUUUAUAUUAUAUUAUUUUCAUUAUUAUUAUUAUAUAUUCGUUUAUGGUUAUUAUUAUUAUUAUUAUUGUCGACACGGGCGUCGCGUGAGUUUAUAAUUUUUUUUUUUUUUUUUUUGAGCUUAUAUUGUAUUCCUAUAUGUAUAAAAUAAGUCUUACCGAAAACGGUCGGAAAAAGAUUAUUGAUAACAAACAAACGCUUUAAGUAAAUCUCUGCCGACCUACGCCUAAGUCAUUCGUCAUAUUAUAUGCAAUGUUUUAUUUAAUUAUUAGACGUACUAGUCACAUUACUAUCAACAUAAUUUGCACUGUUUUUAGAUUAAGUUCAUAUAUUUUUUCUCUCAUAAAUUAUAUUAUUAUUUUGUUUAUAACGGGUACGCGCCGUGUACAAGACGGUGAUGUAAUCGUACAGCUGCACUGUACCUAUAUGCGCUGCGAUGACAUAUUAUACAUUUUGAAAAUCCGGUCCCUUUGUCGUACCCGGAGGUGCCUAUAUACCUAUUAUUAUUAUUAUUAUAUUGUGUAAAAAAUAUUUUGCUUCGGGUGCAUGAACGCUAUAACUAUUACCUAAAUGAUGUAACGUUAAUAUUAUAUACAACGGAACUUUAUUAUUACACUUGUAUUAUUUAUCAUUGUAAUAUGUACACUAAUACAUUAUAUAAAGACUGCUGUACACUACUAUUUAAGUCGCCAUAAUGUUUAACUAGUCGUUCCCGUCGUUCUCUGUAUAACCGAAUCACACGAUGAUGUACUCGUAGUUAUAUCAAGACGACGUAAUAAUAAUAUAUAACAGUUAUUAUUAUUUAUUGUAUAGUAUUAUGAAUAUGUUUGAUUAGUAUUAUUAUUAUUAUUUUUUUUUUCAUAUGAAUUUUUCUGUAUUAUUUAACCAACAUUAUUUUCAUUAUUAUUUGUCGACUGGGUUUAUAUUUCCUUUAAUAAAACAAAAAAUGUGAUACAUGAA